CAGUGUGCUAAUCUUUUAAUUUCAGGGUCUGUUUUGUUACUGGCCUCCAAGGGCAGGUGCUGCAGCCAAGGUGAAAAAGGAAGAAAUCCCAGAUAAAGAAAAAUGGAAUUCAUACGAGAUAAGGAUUUUUCAUCUGCAGAAACCUACAGCAAGGCCCAGGAACUGUCCAGGAGAGCAGAGGUUACGUCAAAUGUUGAAACAGAACCUGAAGGUCCAAAAAGCAGAGUUACCAAAAAGCCUGCUAGAUAUGACUUCUCAGAUGAAGCUGAUGAUGAAGGCGAUAAUCCUGAGUUCUCCCACACUCCAUCUGUAGCUGUUCUGCCACAAUCUCCUCACCUAAAUGUUGGACUUUCCAAAACAAGCUCGCAUCAUACCAAAAACUCAGUUGUUCAUGAAAGAUUUUCCUCCCCAGAAUGGUCUGAUGCAUCCUUCAAAACCAGAUCCUCAUCACGGUCCUCAGAAAUAAUACAUGUUAACGCACAAGAUUUGAAAAAAAAAUACACAUCAGCUUCAUCAGACCGAGGUGCAACAGAACUUGUACCUGUUUCACAGACAGAGUUUGCAGAGUUCAAGAGCGCUGUAAUGGCAAACUUCAAGACAAUCCAGGAAAACCAGCGGCUGAUGUUAAGCUGCCUACAGUCUUCUUCCAGUGGGCUAGGGGAUGAUGUGGAGGAUGUACUGCCAGCUCCAGUAAGCAGCUUGGAGGAACUGGAUGACCUAAACUCUAAAUUGGCUGAUCAAUCUUUCAAAAGGAAUUUGCCUCAAAGGAAAGAAAGGGAAGCUACCAUUUAGUGAUCUUCCCAUCUGCAAAGUUAUCAUCAGAGCAUGCAUGAGAACCUACAAAGAAGCAAAAACCUCUGCAGUGGAGCAUCAAAUUAGUGAGGCCCUGAAGCAUGCUCCUAAGAGGAAAGGUGGCCAAAAAUACAAGGAACCUGAGCAAAAGAGACGUGAGCAUUUUGUAGAAGAGUCAUCAAAUUCCUCUGACUAGCCGCAGUUGAAACGAGAAGAUGCCAUGGCUGCAGUCUUCUUCUUCCUCUGUUGACAUUUCCGGUCCACCACCAUCUCCUCCUCCAGCUGCCUCUCCCUGAUGCCCCCCUUCACUUCGUCCUGCCAGCGCAGCAGGGUCUCCCUCACCGGUGCCUGCCCUGCAACUCCAUGUCCAUCAUUCUCCUUCCCAUGUAGUCUUCAUCUCCUGAAUGGUACUUUUUUUGCUAAAAUAAAUUUCUCAUUUCAA